UGUAACCUUGUAGAUAUAUAAAGCUUAUUUUUUAUGUAUGUUUCAUGGUCAUGCAUAUUUUUUCAGCUGGGAAUAUUUGUAUUACUGUCAGAAGAAGAUCUGUUGCGGAGUCUGACAUGUUAUAAUUGGUGCUUAUCACUGCCAGUUUACACAUGACAUAUCACCACAUAAAAAUACAGACUCCCAAGAAGACAUGUCAGUAUCAUCUGUGCUCACUAGAUUUUUGUUCUCAUUUACUCAGUGGUUUAGCAUCAAGGAUUUGAGGUGUUCAGUCUCAGUACCAUGUGGAAAUACAGUCUCCUGUUUGUGCUAUUGCACUUUGUUACCGGUGGGAUAGUCAGGAGAUGUUCAACAAGCAGUUUUGCAGAUCCAAGUCAGCAGUUACAGGUGUCUAUAAUUGUUUCCUCCGUUCCCAAAGACAAAGUUGCUCGGCGUCUUAUUCUGUCAUGGGAUAACGCAUCUCCAGUGGAUGGAGAAUGGAUUGGUCUUUUUAAUGAAGAGCCAUCAAGUAGUUCUGUACCACUUUUUGUGGUACAGCCACAGAGUUCUUCAGGCUGGGUGGAAACAAACUCCCAUGAAACAGCUUCUCCAUCUCAUGAUUUAGGGUACAUCAAGAGGUGUCUUGGUUUCUGGGUGGCAUAUGUAAGUGCAGACAACAGCACAGUGGUUGCAUCAUCAUGUCUCCAAACUGAGCCCACCUGGAUGUCUGACCUGGAGGCUGAACUGUCUCCAUUAUUGCUGAGACAGAUCUUCUUACCAGGAACACAUGACACAGGAGCGUAUGAAGAAUACAAUUCAUCUUCUGAAAGCAAUCUCAUUGUCAAGUAUACCAUUACACAGGAGGAUGAUAUACUAAGCCAGUUGAUCAACGGUGUGCGAUACCUGGACAUUCGUGCUGCUUACUAUCCAGACACAGAUGAAGUAUGGUUUGUGAAUCAUGGUUUAAUACGCAUCCACCCGCUGCAAUCUGUUUUUGAUGAUGUGCGAACAUUUUUGCAGAACACAAAUGAGAUAGUGAUUCUUGAUUUUCACGGAUUUCCAGUAGGUUUUGGUUCAGGACUGGCUGUUCAUGAGAAGCUUCUUGAACUCUUGAAGAAUGAGUUUGGAGAUUUUGCGGCCCCUUCAUCACUCACGUGGAAUGUGCAACUAGGUGACAUCUGGUCGACAAAGAGGCGACUUCUUUUAACAUACAAUGAUGGUGCAAUGGUGGAAAGAAGUGAAAUUUUGUGGCCUGCUGUCUCUCAUCAGUGGGGAGAUGUGCAGACACUUGACAAUUUAUAUAAAUACCUCUCUGGUGUUAUGAACAAUCCUCCAAAUGACAAGGGAUGGUCAGCAAUGGCAGAGUUAACACCAACAACACUUCAGGUAAUCACAGAUGAGUUAGGUGGACUGCGUCGCAUGUCUGAGAUGGUGAACCAAAAUGUUACAACCUGGUAUCGUGGGAUAUGGGGUCAAACGGUAAACAUUGUGGCUGCCGACUUUUUCCGAGGUACCAGACUGGUGGAAGCAGCUAUUGAUUGGAAUCAAAUUCGUGCACAGCAACUUGCAUGCAGUAUUCAAUAGUGACAGAUCAUUACAUGUGAGCACAAUGUAAAGUAUUCAAAAAUUAUAUGCUCUUCAUUGAGCUGAAGGCCUAGAUUUCGGUGCAGUCAGACAUUUUUAGAAAGAAUAAAAUUUAAACUUAUGAAGAUCUGAGA